ACAUGACGCCCCGGGCAUCCCUAAAGGAAGCGCAGUCGCUGCGGAGUAUAUAAGGGCCCAGCUGGGCGACUUCGGGAGAAUCGCGCUUCUAGGCUUCCACCGGGGAUUUCAGUUGCCUCGAACCUCAGCAUGGCUUCCCCAGACGGUGCUGUCGCCUCGGCCGUUUCAACAGCGGAACAAGAUUCAAAAUGUGUAGCUGACAGGGUAGCCAACCUGCCACUGGUCAGCUCUGCCUAUGACAUGGUCUCCUCAGCUUAUGCCUCCACUAAAGAAAGCCACCCGUAUGUGAAACUGGUCUGUGAUGCAGCAGAGACUGGGGUCAAAACCAUUGCUGCAGCUGCCGUCAGUGGGGCCCAGCCCAUCCUGACUAAGCUGGAGCCACAAAUCUCUAGUGCCAAUGAAUACGUAUGCAAGGGGCUGGAUAAACUGGAGGAGAAACUGCCGAUCCUUCAACAGCCGCCGGAGAAGAUCUUUUCUGACACCAAGGAGCUGGUGACUUCCACAGUGUCAGGGGCUAAAGACGCCAUCAGCAAUACUGUCACUGGCGCCAAGGAUGCUGUCACCAGCACAGUGACAGGUGUGGUUGACAAAACCAAAGAGGCAGUCCAAGGGGGCGUGGAGAUGACGAAAUCAGCAGUGGCCACAGGUGUGAACACAGUGAUGGCCUCUUCUGUGGGCCAGAUGGUGGCCAGCAGUGUGGAUAGCAUGCUGGACAAGUCUGAAGAUCUGAUCGACCACUACCUUCCAAUAACAGAGGAGGAGCUGGCCCAACUGGCCACCUCCAUGGAAGGAUUUGAAAUGGCCACUGUGGAACAGCAAAGAGAGCAACAGAGCUAUUUUGUCCGCCUGGGAUCUCUCUCGAGCAAAGUCCGCCACCGGGCCUACCAGCACUCCCUGGGCAAGCUGAAGAAAGCUAAGGAGGGCACUCAAGAUGCUCUUUUCCAGCUCUCCCAGACAAUUGAACUGAUUGAGCAUAUCAAACAAGGGGUUGACCAGAAAAUCCAAAAUGCUCAAGAGAAACUGCAUCAGAUGUGGCUGCAAUGGAAUCAGAAGCAGUCACCGGAGGUCAGCCUGGAGGAUGUUCCUCAGCCGGCGGAGAUUGAGUCUCAAGCUUUAGAGGUGUCUCGUGGCAUUGCUCAGCAGCUACAUUCCACCACUGCAGCUCUGGUCUCCAACCUCCAAGGCCUUCCCGCAGGAGUCCAGGAGAAAGUGAGCCUCGUCCGCCAAAAUGUCGAUGAACUCCGGUCGUCAUUCUUAUCUGCCAAGUCCUUCCAGGAUUUGUCUGCGUCCAUCUUGGCCCAGAGCAGGGAGAAGGUCACCCAGGCUCGGGAGCUGACAGAUGAGUUGUUGGAGCAUGUGUCCCAUAAUGCUCCUCUCUCAUGGCUGGUGGGGCCCUUUGCCCCAUCUGGCAAACCAGAAAAGGAGGAAAUAGAGAUGCAGUAGAAUGUGGAAAGUAUUCUUGUGGGAGGAAGGGGAGAUAGUGAUUAUCUAGGCUGUUUCGAGUAUUGACUUCCACAUGUAAUGGCCUUUUGGUCCAAAUGGAAAUUGAAUUAAAUUCCCUUCAUAGCCUAGGAACUCUCUUCUUAAAAAAAUGAGGAAAAUUCUGUUGAAGGGAAGCUUGGGAAUGUCAUGGCAGUUGAGCAGUUGAGCUACUUGAGCCAGGCUGUGGCCUACAGGCUUUGGCUGCCGGUUUGAUGUCAUUUCUUUAACAAAGGCAAAAUGUCCUAGCUUCCUGUCCUGCUGGGGCACCUAUUCGCUAAUUUAAAAGCAAAACUUGAUAUUUGGGGUGCUGAGUCUUGUUCAUCCUUUCCCCUCACAUUCCAAAAUGUAAGCAAAUGGUUUUCUCAAGAUGGCCAAGAGAACUUGCAAUGCUUUGAGAGAUGAUAGUUCCAGCAGUGCUUGGCAGGAAAAUAUUCCCAAGGCCACUCUUUUAUAUGGUUGGAAUCGACUUCCUUACAAACACUCCUGAUGGUAAAAUCAGGCACAAGUAUUGAAUGUAAUGAAUAAAAAAUACAGGGAAAUACACAAGGAAUCUGUUUUUCUCUGGAACUCUGCUUUGUUUAAUGAAACACUAUAUCUACAAGAUGCCUUUAAACUAUUUGGCCCUCAGACUUCUGGACUGUUUUAGAUUUCUGAAUUCUAAAGCUACCAGAAAGGGAGUGGGUGGGCAACCACUAACCGGCUACCGCUCCUCUAACCUGACAAAGCAUAUUUUCUGAAACAUGACUGUCUUUUACGUAAUGCAACUUGUGCCUUCCUGGGACUGUCUCUUUGCCUCCUAUUGUUGAUUGUAUAUCUCACGUGUGCCU